GUUGCGUUGGGCAGCAAUGGCAAGUAUCUGGUCGGGAGUUUCUGCUCGGGCUACGACGCCCCGUGGUUGGCGCUGGAGUCCUUGAGGAUCGCGCCGCAGUUCGAGAACGCAUUCGCAUGUGAUGUUGACGGAUUAUGCCGCCUGGUUCUCGAGAAGAACCACCGUGGCCUUCGCCGCGGCAACGUCUUCGGCGACAUCAAGGGCAUCAACAUGCAGCAGCUCGCUAAGGCCAUCACCGCUGAUGACCAGCUCUUCUUGUUGACGGCAGGUUUCCCGUGCCAGCCCUUCUCGAUGGAAGGCUAUGGUUUUGGUGCAGACGAUCAUCGCUCCAUUGCCGAGUACGUGGUGGCUGGGAUCAAGGCGCUGUUGCCCAAAGGGUUUUUGUUAGAGAACGUCGAAGGGCUGCUCACCAGCCACGCGCACACAUUCCACAAGAUCUUGUCCGCCCUCCAGGAGAUCAAGGGCAAAGGGUCCAAGGGCUACAACUUGUACUACAAGGUUCUAGACUCCCAGACUACAUCUGGCCUCCCCCACUCCCGGCGCCGGCUUUUCAUAGUCGGCAUAUGGAAAUCGCUGGAGGAGCAAUUCGGCUGCUUCACGUGGCCCGCCGACGCCCUCGCCGUGGAUCCCCUGGACAAGUACCUCGAUGCCGACAACAAAGGCACCGCCCUCCCGGAAUCCAGGACCGCCCUCGCCAACUACACGAAGUGCCUGGAGAAGAUCGGCGGCCCGAACGCAGCGAGCAAGUUGAAGAGAGGAAACUACGUUGGCGACCUCAUGAUGGGCCUCACUCGGAGGGUGAACCUGAUGAAGAACGCGUGCCCAUGCCUAACCCGCCAACACGCAGGAGGGAAUUCUUACUGGUUGUUUUCCCGCAGUAGGUAUCUCAAUUUGAACGAGAUGAUGAAGCUCCAGGGCAUCGAGCGGGGCACAGCGCGCCUCGUCAGGCCGGAGCGCGUGUCAGAUCGCCAGAUGAGAAUGAUGGUCGGAAAUUCGAUGGACGUGAAGGCGACGGCGCGGAUCUUGACUCAGAUGUUCAAGGCGAUGGGUUUCUUCGCUGCGACGUUGAGGAACCCCGUUAAUUGA